UUCUGUGUAGCUCUCAAAAGGAACUAUGAUAUCGUUAUAGAUCGACUGCAGUCUUGGUGAGAAUUUGUCACCCCGUGUCAUGCAACUACGAUCAAGAAAUACUCUUCGCGAAAAGCGAGGCUUAUAUGCUUGUUUCGUUUGAACACAUUUUCAAAAAAAAACGCGCUAAUAACAGGAAGGUGCAACACACGUUGAUUCGUAAAAUCUUCUCUUAGAGGUAAUCUGUUAGUUACAUUUCACGACUUAUCAGCGAGAGAACAAUUAAAAUGUCUUUUCCCUAGAGCCUUACUGGUGAAAAGAAAGUCUAAAACUAACGAAUCAGCUGUGGUUCCAAUCAGUGGUCGUGAGCGUACGUUGGCAGCUCCGUCGGAAACAACAACACUAGCAAACAGAUGUUUUUUUUGGGACGUCAAGUUGUCAGCAAAAUAACGUCUGCUAUUUGUUAUCAAACUGAACUCGUUCAAUGUCGUCGGUCCCCGUUUGAAGCUAGGUGACUUUUUCCACGCCUUGUCCUGCAAGUGUCGUCCUUCAGCGGAGCGGAGAGUCGGUGUGAAGUGUGAAUUGGCCGCGUCUCGCACAUGCGCACAUACAGGCCAGUCGGAUCCGUGCGUAUCGUGCCGUGCACCCUCGAGACUCAAGCGCAGCGCCCAUUAUCUGUUGUGCAACGCGACGCGCCGCCGUUGUUGUGCGUUGUGCCGCAGCGCAGAGUAAGGACCCUCGGGCUCGGCGCGAGCGCCCCGCAUGGGGACGUCAAACUCGCAGCCGCAGCACAGCAUGGACGGAGACAGCUCUUCCUCCAGCGGCCCGCUGAGCGCUGACGGCGGCUCCAACUCCAACGCCAACUCGUCCAGCCAGUCGCAGUCGCAGUCCCAGUCCAGCCGCUCCGAGCGCCUGGGCCGCAGUCUGCGCAGCCUGGUGGAGGGCUACAGCACCCCGCGGCCCUUGCAGCCCCUGCAGCCACUCAUUGACAUGAUGAUGCUGUCCGCGGCCCGCGAGACUGACCGUGCCCACUUCGUUGUCAGGAGGAGGGGGCGAAGGCUUUUGCUUGGUGAUGACGAAGAUGAUGAUGAUGACGAUGAUGAUGACGACGACGAUGAUGAUUAUGAUGAAGAUGAUGAUGAAUUUGAAGAGGAAUUCUCUAAAAUUAAAAGUAUUAAUAAUCCAGAGACCAAAGUUUUGGACGAAAGUGAGUUUAGUCUGAUGACUAAAAUGAACUGUGGGCUCAAGGCCGAAAGAUAUUCCCAGCAUGAUAAACCCCCAUCUGUUAUGAAGAUGAUUGCCCAACGAGAGGAGGGGAUGCGAGGUGGGUCAGGAUUCACAUCUCAUGACUUUUCUACUGCUAUACACCAAUUCCUUCCAAAUGAUAUGACUGUGGAGGACAGGUAUCACCAUAAAGCAUUUUGUGGGACAUACUCACAGGAUGGCAACUGGUUUUUGACUGCAUGUCAAGAUCGUAAAUUACGUUUAUAUCGUACGUCUGGUAAAAAAUUCACUUUACUCCGCAAGAUUUCUGCACGUGAUGUUGGCUGGAGUAUAUUAGACACUGCUUUUAGUCCUGAUGGCAGUAGUUGUGUCUAUUCUAGCUGGUCAGAUAGUGUAUACCAUGUCCGACUAUUUGGUGAUUCAGAGUCUCAAGAUGCCCUACAACUUAACCCAGACUUGAGCAGGUUCUGCGUGUUUUCAUUGGUCUUCUCUCAAGACGGACAAGAAAUUCUCUGUGGAGCAAAUGAGGGUACCUUGUAUAUAUAUGACAGGUUUUCAAAUCAACGGAUCCUUAAAAUUGAUGGUCAUUAUGGUGAUGUGAACACAGUAGCUUAUGCAGACAAUACAUCUCAUAUCCUGUACAGUGGAAGUGAUGAUGGUCUCUGUAAGGUGUGGGACAGGCGUACCCUUUCAGAAACCGAUCCCAAGCCUGUAGGAAUCUUGGCUGGACACAUGGAUGGUAUCACCUACAUUGAACCUAGAGGAGAUGGCAGGCAUUUUCUUUCCAAUAGCAAAGAUCAGACUAUCAAGUUAUGGGAUGUGAGAUCAUUUUCGAGUGAGGAUGGUCAAGAAGAAACAAGAAAGGCAGUUGGAAGUAAUCAUUGGGACUACCGAUGGCAGAAGGUGCCUGCCAAGUUUAGAAAUCCUCCACCAAAACUGAAAGGUGAUACGUCUGUGAUGACAUACAGAGGACACUCUGUACUGCAGACUCUCAUUAGGUGUCAUUUCUCACCAAUUGCCUCUACUGGUCAACGGUAUAUUUACACUGGCUGUGCUCAAGGCAGAAUCUUCAUCUUUGAUGCAUUAACGGGUCAACCUGCAAAAAUUUUGUUUGGUCACAAAGCAUGUGUGAGAGAUGUGUCAUGGCACCCAUACAAACCAGAAAUAACAAGCACCUCAUGGGACACAAUUGUAGCUCGGUGGCACCACAGAGGUUGGUACGAAGGAGACGAUGAUGAUGAUUAUGAUGAUGAGGAUAGUCUUCGUGUAAUGGAGUCCUCUGAUAGUUCUGGUGGAUCACAAUCAAUGUGGGUCAGAAGAAACCCAAGGAGAGAGGAAGGGGAAAGGAGAUGCACUGCACGUCUGAAAAGAAGAAGGGACAACCGUGGGGAUAACUAACUAUCUCUAGUUCCAUCACAAUUUUAAUGCUAUGAAAAUCUUUUUGACUGUUUGUAGUGGCAACUAAAUACUUCCUGUGAUUUGAUGUUUUAGAUGUCUUUUAUCAUUGUUCAUGAUGGGGAAAGAAAAUCAGUUUCAUUUCCACAUCUAAGGUUUGUCAUGUCAAAGUCAGGGCUAUGGGAUAUAGUUAAUAUAUCAGUUACACAGGGCCAUUUUGUUUCACUAGUUUUCAUAUGAUACCCUCUAAGAAAAACUUGUACCGAAGGAUUAUAAUUUUUGUAAUUGUUUUUCUGGAUGACAUGUGUCAAUGCUGAAGUAGUCAACAAAUUAUUUUUUACGUUGGUUAUUGUUUUACCUUAUAUCUUUGUUAUUUUGGCCUGUUGAGAAUUGAUUCAUUGUUGGUAUACUUAUUGUUGUUUAUUUCUAGUUAUAAGAAUUAAUUCCAUUAAUGUUUGGGGUUGAUAUGUGAGAUUGUUGCAUCUUUGAAGAGGUCCUACGUCAUGGGCUGUCUUCGUUCUUCCUCUCAAAACACCCAUGAUCAUGACAUUUAAUUGUCAAAAUUUAGACCAAAAAAGAAAGGAAGGAGCGCCGGUGUUCUUUGGAUCUCCAUGAAAAUUACCUACCCUUAUUGUUUUAUAAAUUGGUUUUUAAAAACGAUGUUACUUUUGACUUUGCCCAGUAAGUUGAUCAAGGUUAAGAUAAAAUAGGUACUGAAAGAAGGAUUGAGAGAAGAGUACAAAAAGACUUGCUCAAUGCAUUAUCCAUGCCAGUACAUAAGCUUGGCUAGUGACUGGGAAAAUCUUUGAAUUAUGAAGAAAGAAAAGUUAAUUUCAUUUUCAUUUGGUCUAGCUAUCAGAAAGCAUUAUUUUUGUAUAUUGAUCUCUUAGGUAACUAAUUUUUCUUGUCAUGUAAAUUAUUGUGGGACCCUUUCAUCACACAUUAAAGCAAUUGUUUCUUUCAA